AUGUUAAUACCCAGAGUACAAUCAGUGCGAAAGCUGUGUUCCAAUAUCAGCUCAAGUUUUUAUGUUACAACUCCCAUAUUUUAUGUUAAUGCUGCUCCCCAUAUUGGACAUUUAUAUUCUGCCGUUAUUGCGGAUACGAUAUGUCGCUACCAAAAACUUCUAACCAAGCCAGGAGCCACAGUACGUCUGUGCACCGGCACCGAUGAACAUGGAACGAAAGUACAACAAGCAGCUGCCUCACACAAGAUACCCGUUGCAGAUUAUUGUCAAGAUAUAUCAGCCCGGUAUCGUAAUGUAUUCCAACAGGCCGCCAUACAAAAUGAUGAUUUUAUUAGAACCACUGAAGAUCGUCAUAAAAAAGCGGUCUCAAAUUUUUGGAACACCCUAAGUUCCAAAGGUCACAUCUAUUCGGCAAAUUAUCAAGGAUGGUAUUGUGUAUCGGAUGAAACAUUCCUUACCGAUUCUCAGCUACGUGUUGAUGAGGCAACUGGGGAACGAUUUUCAUUGGAAUCGGGUCAUCCGGCCGAAUGGACUGAAGAAAAGAACUACAUGUUCCGUUUGUCAAGUUUACAAUCGGAUGUUAUUUAUUGGUUAAAACAAGGAGGCCGUGUAAAACCUAUAAAAUUUGAAAAAAUUCUAUUCGAUAUGUUGUCAGAACCAUUGCCAGAUGUUUCGGUAUCACGUCCAGCUGAACGUGUUAAAUGGGCCAUCCCCGUACCCGAUGAUGCUACACAAUCGAUUUAUGUGUGGCUGGAUGCUUUAGUGAAUUAUUUAACAUCGGCUGGAUAUCCUGACCCUAAGUUCCAAUCCAGCUGGCCACCAACGGUACAAGUUAUUGGAAAAGAUAUUUUAAAAUUCCAUGGUAUAUAUUGGCCAGCAUUUUUAAUAGCUGCAGGUCUCGAACCACCACGUGAACUAUUUGUUCACUCACAUUGGACUGUUGACGGUCAAAAAAUGUCGAAAAGUAAACAUAAUGUUGUUGAUCCAUUGGAAGCAUCUGAAACAUAUACCAUGGAAGGUUUACGAUAUUUUCUAUUGCGUGAAGGUGUUCCGCACAGUGAUGGCA